GCUUUGCCAAGGCAACUCAAAGCCGCUGCUGUAACCGUCCAGAUACCUUGUAACUUCACUUUACAACAAUAACAAUCUAGCUGGAAAACACAGACACAGUUCUCCCAAACACCUGCAGAAUUUUAACCAACAGAAAAAUGCCACUACAUUUCAAGGGCAUCAGUGAGUACAAGAAGAAAUUUAAAGACCGAGUCGCUACCCGCUCCAGAAGCGCCUCUCCUCAGCGACGGAUGCGCUUAGCUGGACUUCGAUCUGACCAGAUGGGUAUCAGUCGAGAGCCUCAGUUUCUGUCCAAGAGGAAGGUGCCCUCCUCCCACUCGCCCCAGGUGUCCAGCUCCUUCCAAUGGAACCCCACCACCACAGAGCCCCCACAGAGACGAGAUGAGACCCCCAGACCUGGUACCUCUCCCCUGGCUCCUACCCCAGAGAGAGUCCACACCCCUCUGGCCCCUAGGGGUCCCCCUCCUCCAGGGGACCCCCAACGAGGCCCGACCACUCUUCAGGGCCAGACUCACACCCGGAGCCCCCUGGCUACUGUAGAGAGACAGGACCAAGCUUUCAAUGGGGUGGACUAUGUGUUGAGGAGGAAGGCAGGGCUGAAGUCGUCUGGACAGAGGACCGGACUACAGAACUCAGAGUACAGGAAACAGUUUCCGUGGAAGACACCUGUAGCUGGCCACGCCUCCCCACUGCUGGCUGCAGAGCAGAUGCUGUACACCAGCCACCGUUCCAUCCCUCCUUUCAAGUCUAACCCGGUGGUGGUGUUGGAGAGCGAGUACAGCAGGAACUUUAAAGCCUCUCCACCUCCCAGAGGACCACGGCUACGCAGCGAUGUAGACCAGGUGCCUCUGUUCCAGAGAGAGAACGUUUCACCCGAGAAAGCAUCAAAGAGGAAGAAGAAGAGGGAAGAGAGAGAGAGAAAGUCCAGCAUCGUAGAGGAGAACAUUCCACUUCCACAGCCUCGGGAGCAGCUGGCGGACCAGGAAGUGAAGUCACACAGCCCCCAGAAGGCACAUCUUCCCCACAGAAAGGUGAAAUCAGAGUAUAAUGCCAACUUCCGCUCUCCACUGAACUACAUAUACAAGGACGGCGCCUGGGUCAAGGCUUCCACAGUAGGAGAGGAGGGGCGUGACAGUCAGCAUAGUCACGUUUGGUAUCACGAGGUGCGAGAGCUUCGUAAGAAGGCGGAGGCCUACAGACAGAGGGCGUGGGGGACCCAUUUCUCCCGCCUCCACCUCAACCAGAUCCUGUCGGACCAGAACCAGCUGUGGGAGGCCUCCACCCCUUCCUCCUCUAACCUCAGCUCUGGGACAGGUUCUGGGGACGGGGAGGAAGACAGGAGUCCUACCCCCCAGGCUCUGGAGCUCGCUAGGGUUGACAGUAGCUCCAGCUCCGUAGUCGGACCCCCUCCCCUCACCCCCGUGUCCAGUAGAAGGAGCUCCACCCGGGGGGCUGGGGACACAGCAGACCCCCCUGGUCACCCUAACCCUGGAGCCCUUAACCUACCUGUUCAGAGGAGACUAGCCUGGGAGGAGGAGACAGGGGCUGGGGGUGGAACGGGGGAGGAGAGAGAGGAAGAGGAGGACAAGGAGAGAAGGGAUGAGAGAAAGGAGAGAAAGGAUGAACUGAGGGUGCUGGACCAUCGUUCGUCGUCUGUAGCAGGCUCCCACAGGUCCAGAGAGGGUGGCAGGAUGCCCACACCCACACUGCAAAGGAUCGCUACUGUUCAGAGAACUCACCACGACCUGACGACUCCAGCCACUGGAGGUGCUAUCCUGGUGUCUCCUCCUAAGAUGGAGGCUAACGGUUGGGCGAAGAGAAGUGAACCUCCAUUGGGUAAAACCCGUUCCCCAUUUAAACCCCUCUCUCUGGCCUCGCCACAACGAGCAGCCAGACAGAAUGAGGAGCGGAACCAUCCCCAGUCCUCUCCUGCAGCAGGGGUGACUACUGUGGACCCCCUCCCCCUGAGAGAGGACUCCUGGUCGGGGGAGACCUCUCCGGAGAACCCCCCUGAUCCUCCACCGGAGGCCAAACCCUCCCGUAAACGCACUACCAGCGGACAACCCGACGCCACCGUCCCUGUUAACCGCAUCCAGGGGACGCUCAGAGACCCAGAGUUCCAACAUAACGGUAAUUUAGGCCUGAGGACGUCUGAGCUGCUGCUGUGUCCUGGUGGUGGCUGUGGAACUGAUAAUGAAGAUGACAGGAUGUCCCAGAUCUCAUCCAGGUCAGCAGCGUCCUGCUCUAUGGCCUCCCAGGUCCUGGACCGAGCCCAGAGGAGGAAGGACCACUUCUGGGGGAAGAGAUGAAAGGAAGCACUGCCCCCCCCUCACAGUGCAUUCCAAAUGGAACCCUAUUCCCUAUGUAGUGCACUACUGUUAAGAGGAGGAAGAAUGACUUCUGGGGGAAGAGAUAACAGGAAGCACUGUCCCCCCCUCACAAUGCAUUCCAAAUGGAACCCUAUUCCCUAUGUAGUGCACUACUGUUAAGAGGAGGAAGAAUGACUUCUGGGGGAAGAGAUAACAGGAAGCACUGACCCCCCCCCCCCCUCACAAUGCACACCAGACUACUAGACUGAAUCUGGGUUGAUAUAACCAGACUACUAGAC